AUGUUCAUCCUAGUAACGUCCCCCCUCUCCUUCAUGAAAAAACAAAAAAAAAAAAAAACCCAAAUUAAUCCCACCUUCCCCAACUUCCAACAGUCCAAAUUCACCGACCUCCUCCACCUCCCCCCGCCAACCUUCGCCCAUCCAACAGCGACAGCGCUGGAGGACAGAAUAAACGAGAAAUACGCCAACAAGGUAGUGCACAACGUGGGCCUCUGCAUAUCCCUCUACGACCUGUCCAAGGUCUCGGAGGGCAUGAUCGGCCAGGACGGGGGCGCCCACGUGAACGUUGAAUUCCGCAUGAUCGUGUUCCGCCCCUUCAAGGGUGAGGUGCUCACGGGUCGGAUCAGCUCCGCCACGGCUGCGGGGGUCAAGGUUCGCACGGACUUUUUCGACGAGGUGUUCGUGCCGGCUACCGGGCUGUUUGAGGGCAGUAGGUUGUACGUAUGAUGAUAUCGCUUUCUCCUUCCCGCUCCUUUCGCUUGGUGGGUGAGGAGGGGGUGGCUGAUUUGGGUUUCUUUCGGUGUGGCGGUGAGUGAGUGAAUAGUGAUGGUAAGGAGCAGGUUUGGAUAUGGCAUAAUGAUGAUCAGGACUUUUAUAUGGAUAAGAACGAGGUUAUCAGGUUUAGGGUUGAGGGUGAGAUUUUUGUGGAUCAGUUGCCCGUGCCGCCGCAUUUGAAGGGGGAGGAGUCGAGUUUGCAUAAUAAGCCGCCGUAUGCUAUUACGGUGGGAUUUCCUCUUUUAUCUUCUUGUGCUUGCGGCUGUGGGCUAAUCGCGUGUUUUUUCUAGGCCUCCUGCCAGCAGGCGGGAUUGGGACUGGUGUCUUGGUGGGUUGAGGAGGAUGGGGAGGAAGGCGAGUGAUUGCUGAGACUUUUUGAACAAUUUAAUAACCCUUCCCUUCCUUCUUGGUAUACAUACUAUAAUACGAGUAUAAGUCGCCCAGCG